AUGAGCUUGAUGCGUCCGUUGCGCGGAGCCUGCCAAUGUGGCCGCAAUCGGUACCUGAUCCACGUUCCCGAGGACGCCCUCCAAGAGGCGCAGGUGCUCUUUAACACAAAUGCUUCUCAUCAAGCUUCCCUCGCUACGCCGCUGGCCGCCUAUAUCAGAGUCCCUUUGACCUGGUACAGGAGCGCAACCUACGCCUACUGCGACGACGAGACGCACGCGACGAUCCGACGAUCCUACGUGCACCCUCAUCAGCAAGACUGCAUACGAUACUUUUGCGGCUACUGCGGCACCCAGCUGUCCUACUGGUCCGAGAGCCCGGCCGCGGAGGCCGAGUACAUCUACUUGACCCUGGGAAGCCUCUUGAGCGAAGACCUGCACGACCUGCAGUCCCUCGGCCUAAUACCUGACGAUACUGAUUCUGAUGAUGACACCCCACAAGAGGAGAACGUUGCGGGGCACAAGCCGCCGGAAGAACCACCGGCCGAGGCCACGGUCAUGUUUCGGGAGUCGUUUGGCGUGCCCUGGUUCGAAGAGCUUGUCGACGGCACCCGGCUCGGCAAGCUACGCCACAGCUCACAGGACGGCCAGGUGCGCGUUGAGUGGGAGAUUAUAGAGUGCUCGGAUAACGACAAUGAUAUGGAAGAUGUGGACAUGCCGGCACCGUCCCCGGGAAAACGAAAACUAGACCAGAGAGGAGACGACAAUGUUGAAACAUAG